AUGACAGCAGCGGAGGCGACGGUGGGGGCAGCAGAGGCGGCCAGCGACCUGGGCUACCUGCUUGCACCACUCCAUUGGACGGCCAUCAUGAGGCACCCGCGCAGCGUCGCUGGCUCAGCUCUCCUCUUCCGGCUGUGUACCCUCGUCUUGGCGGCCAUCUCCCUGUCCUUCUUCUGCUCCGAGAUCGCCGUGGUUUGCCGCCAGGGCACCGCCGACCUGGACGUCUUCACGCUGACGCUCAGCGUCUCGGACACCACCGGCACCUGGCUCGUCCGCCUGGUGCACAUCGCAAUCCGUGAGCACGACUUCCACCGGCUCGCUCUUCAGGUGGGCCAAGACUUCGCAGAGUUCCUGAGCGCGGACGACGUGCCGGUGCUGCUGGACCAGGGCCGCGCCGCUCGCCGCUUCACGCUGACCUACAUCUGGUUCGGCAUAGCCGCCUCCGCCUACUGGCUGGUCUCCCCCGUCAGCCCGGAGGGCCUGCCCUUCAUCCUCGCUCUGCCCUACGACGCGACGACUCCCCUGGGCUACGCCGUCUCGUGGCUCUAUUGCACGAUAGUCACCGUGCACGUCGUCGUGAUGACCAUGGUGUUCGACGCCUUCAACGUCAGCCUCAUCGCUCAGCUACGCAUGCAACUCACGUUGCUCAACAGGAAAAUUAUCCGUGUCGCCAAAGAAAACACUUCGAGACCCUUGGACUCAUUACAAAGUAUAGACCACCGGGACCUUCACUACCGACUAGAGAAAUGCGUCCUACAUCAUCAAGCCAUUAUCAGGAACGCAGACUUGCUGGAACGCUGCCUUGGCGGGAUGUUGCUUGGACAGAGCCUCUCCAUAGGCGCCGUCGCCUGCUUCCAGAUGUUCCAGGUCGCCAUGAGCGAGAAUCUGGCCGUGGCAGCAUACGACGCGGUGACGUCACUGCAGGGAUGCCCCGUGUCCAUCAAGAAGUCGCUGCUGCUGAUGAUGCACCGCGCGCAGAGACCUCUGCGGAUCACUGCUGGAGGGUUCUUCCCCCUCUCCAGGGAGUCAUUCGUGGCGACUGAAAUGCCAUCUGUUGAAGAUCCUUUCGGGUAA